AUGUGUUUGACUUUAUGAACAGCACAUGGUUAAAACUGACGGUUGAUUCGGGAACGGGACAGUGUGCGAUCGUUUAAUGACAUUCGUACAACACUAGACUGCAGCAAAAAUUCAGCACAUGGUGAUAGGAGCGAGUACAGCUGGAACGACUGUUGUUUUAAUCCUGCAUGCGUGCUCACCUGAAGAGCCAAGCGAGCGUUAAGCGCAUACUUCAUGGAAUAAAGUCCGACAGCCGUUUGCACGUGACACUCCACUGAAGGUGUCGUCUGCUUUUCGAACAGUUCGAUGACAUUUUCUAUAUUUGGACAAGUUUGUGAAUUUUUGGGGGGGAAGAAGAAGUUCGCGUCAGAGUAUUCUUUGUGCUUUGAAACGUUUGGACACAGAUUUGUUACCGAUUUGAAAUUUGUUCCGAUUUUGGUUUAAGGUUCUAAAAUUUUUAAAUGCUGGAUCUCGUUUCCUAUCCAAGAAUGAAGACUCUUUAAUCAGUUAGCGGAAAGGUCCGUUGAGAUAGAGAGUAGCUGAAAUCUUGUGCAACGUUUCGUGCAAGUGUUGUAAACAUGGAAUCAUCUUCGAGAGCUGCUUCAAGGUUAAGUAGCCCGGUCGGUGAGAAGGACACUGGACGUGACAGUCCCGUGGAUAUGACAGACUCGGAAAAUGCCCAGGACAUAUAUGUGAGCUCCAGAAACUUACGUACCAUGGACAAUUACCAUAAGCUCGGUAACAUUUGCGAUACCUCCAGGGCUUGCCUUGACAGUUCCCUGGCUGUUGACAGUUGCACCAGCAAAGACAUGAAAUCCAAUUCCAGUGUUUCCGGGAGGCCGUGCCAAUCCAGCCCCUCAAGUUCUACCAAAGUUUCCAGUGCUAGUUUAAAAAUGAACACAAAAACGACGGAGUCGUCAUCAGAUUCGAGUUCGGGACAUAAGUUUAGACUCAGCCUUCCUCCUCAAGGCAGUGAACAUUCGGGAAUGCCCCGGCCGUCGUUUCUUAUAACCGAUAUACUCGGGGACAGACUAUCGGCCCGGUCUAAACUCCUCUCUGACGACAAAGACACGAUAGACUCAGAACUAGAUCCGGUAAACGUGAGCGACGACGAAGACACGGACGACCCGGCGUCAAAUCGAGGGGACGAGGAUGACUUGUCUUCCCCGUCAGGGAAGCACGGUGACGAAACGAUCUCUUCCAGUAACGAUGGUUCUUCAUGUAAGCCGAAAAAACCACGAAAAGCCCGAACGGCUUUCACUGACCACCAGCUGAACAGCUUGGAGAGGAGCUUUGAGAGACGAGAAAUAACCUGAGCGUACAAGGACAGGAUGGAAUUGGCAGCUAAGCUGAAUAUGACAGACACACAAGUCAAGACCUGGUACCAAAACAGAAGAACAAAAUGGAAGAGGCAAACUGCCGUUGGCUUAGAACUCCUGGCCGAGGCGGGAAAUUACGCGGCUGUUCAGAGAAUGAUUCAGACGAACCCGUACUGGGCGGCUUACCAUCCUCAGGCCGCCGCUUUACUCUCUAACCUGGAUGCGUACUACAUCCGUCACGCCACAUCCAGUCUUCAGGCACAGAGGCCAGUUCUUCCCAGGAUGUUCCUGCAAGGUUUACAACACCAGAUGAGCCCACCAAAUAUAUUUUCCUCCGAUCACAGAACGUGAAAACAGACCGGAAAUGUUGAAUGCAAAAAAAAAAAACACAAAACUUGGUGUCUCCAGGAUGACUAGAGGAAAGUGGAAUAUUAGAAAUCUGGAGGCACACAACUGUGUGCAGACAUUCAGCUACAUAGACUCCAUAUGAAUUGCGUUGAAGCUGUUGUUUGCGUUGCUUUGAACUCUCGGCAAGCGUUAAAGAUUUAAACACAUAUAUUUGUUCAAAACAAACAAUUACUGAAAGGCGUUGCAAGGAAAGCUAGACAAGAACUGUCAACAGUGGGGUAAGUGAGGUGCGUGGAUCGAACGCUGUGAGUAGUGGAAUAGAUCACAAGACAAAUGACAGAAUGUGAAUGUUGAAGGAAAGUGGUCAGAAUCUUCGUGACCACAUAAUGUCGGACAGAAACUUAUGAAAUCCUGUAUCAGAAGAAAACAUUAUCACAGAACUGUUGAAAUUAUAAUAACAAGAAAAUACAACCCGAUUGAUCUGUUCAUGCAGCCGCCAUUUGUACUGUGAAAUCAUUUUCAUAUGCAGUCGUGUUUUCAGAUUUAAAAAAAAGAUGAAAACAAAACUGUUUAUCACAAAUCUCGUCAAAAUGAGCACUAAAAGCUUGACGUCAUCACUCAGUGCUAAUCCUGAACUAUGAAAACAAAACUUGAGCGUCAUGAUGACCACGACGGGAACAAAAAAAACACCCCAAAAUAAACGUGUUUGUGUUCAGAGACACGAAAGUAUACAAGUGCAGUCUAGUUAAUAAUCAUGUGCCACAAAAAGAGUGCGAAUAAAAAGUAUAAUAGCAUUUAUGUCAAACUUGUACAGAAAUUUUUCAGAGAUCACGUUGGCAUCGCUAGAUGAAGUGUUCAGGAAAUCUGACUGUAUGGCCCUCUAUCAUUGACGUUUGACAACCAUUGCUAUAUCAUUGAGAGUAUCGUGAAAAUGAACAGCUCCUUUCCCGAGCAAUGGCUUACAAUUCCUCGUUUUCAGUUAAAAGAUUAAAUGUACAGGUAUUUAUAUAAAAGGAGGACGUGCCGAAGUAGCUGAGAUAUGUAUAUGAUCAAUUGUAGGUGUAUAUGA